AUGUUUAAUCUUCCGCCACCACCGCAAUUUAUUCUCCCACCUCCACCACUACUUCCAUCAGAUAUAUUGGAUUUUAAAAUGCAUCCAUUAACUUGUUCUUCUAUUCGAUCACCACGAAGCCAACAUAUUGAUGUUCAUAUGAUCUUUAUCAGUUGUUUAACGUUCCUGAUUGUUUCAAUUCUUCUUACUCUACUAUUCAUAUGGAUUCAAUCGUGUCACCGAAGAAAAGCUUUAAUGAAUAAAUUUAAUUCGACAACAAUGCCUACUACUCAAAAAGAGUCUUCAUUCUAUAGUAAUUGUUCGUAUGAAACAAUUGAUUGUGACAAUCAUCUUGAAUCAAUCAUUACGAAAGACACAAUUAUUUCAAUAAAUCGGAAUGAUAUAAUGUGUAAUCAGUAUCAUCAAAUCUCGUCUCCUUCUUCAUAUUAUGAGUUUAUAUUUUAUUAA